CACAACAGUAGGUUGAAUUGUGAGACGAUCGACAGGGUAUAAGGCGUGGUUAAUAUCUGUUUAGAUUAUGAAAUAGAUGAUACAAGCUUUAUUAUAAUAUUUUUGUUGACGACAUAAAAAUAUGAUUGUUAUGCAAGUGGUCCCAAUAUUUACGUCUUCAUCAAACAUAGAGAGUGCAUGUAAAAUCAGUGUUUUCUUUGGAUGGAAAGGUUAUUAUUUUUUGUAAUAUCUAGCUUCGCAAUUACUUACUUUCUUUUGUGAUAAAUUUUAAAUGGAUAGCAAGGGAUAUCUACCUUGAUGCAGUUGAAGGCGAGCAAUGAGACUGAGCCGGUGAUGAUUAAUGUCACAAUCACGGCCGGAUGCUGGGAGGCGAGAUUCCUGAUAAGCCGUAAGAGGAGAACGAGUUCCAAUCUGUGCACCAUAGACAGAGGACAAGAAAGAUGGAGAAAUUCAGUUUUGGAGUGGAUCCUAUUACUACACAUGCUUGGAACCAUGACCGAACACAAAUAGCAGUUUCUGCUAACAAUAAUUUGGUUGACAUCUAUCAAAAGUGUGAUGAUGGAUGGGAGAAAACACACACCUUGAGUGAGCACACCCAGCGAGUGACCAGUGUUGACUGGGCCCCGAAGAGCAACAUGAUUGUCACAUGUGGAUCAGAUCGUAAUGCCUAUGUGUGGAUCCAGAACGGCAAUAACGAAUGGAAGCCCUCUCUUGUUAUCCUACGUAUAAACCGUGCUGCCACCUGCGUGCGAUGGUCACCUUUAGAAAACAAGUUUGCCGUUGGUAGCGGUUCCAGAUUGAUAUCCAUCUGUUAUUUCGACCAAGAUCAUGACUGGUGGGUCAGCAAGCACAUCAAGAAGCCGAUCCGUUCCACCGUGACCACCGUUGACUGGCAUCCUAACAAUAUUCUACUGGCAUGCGGAUCAACUGACUUCAAGGUCAGGGUAUUCUCUGCCUAUGUGAAAGACAUAGAGGCGAAACCGAGUGGUAAUGUGUGGGGUUCCAAGCUACCCCUUGGUGCGUGUCUGAUGGAGUUUGGACAAAGUGGUGGAUGGGUUCAUGAUGUGUCCUUUGAUGCGAGCGGUAACCGCCUAGCUUGGGUCAGCCAUGACAGCACCAUUAACAUGGUCAAUGCUACUGCUGAUUUUGCAGUGAGCCAAACGAAACUUGCGAAUCUACCUUGCAUGACCUUGCAGUGGGUGGGACCAGAUAGUAUCGUUGCAGGAGGACAUGAUUGCUGGUUGCUGCGAUUCAGCGUUGAUGAAAGCAACAAUCUCACCUUUGAGGGAAGAGUUGGUUUCUCGCGAAAGAGAACUGAAGAGAAAGUAACUGCCAUGUCAAUGUUUCAGAGUAUGGACAAGCGAGCUACAGUAGAAGACGACAGCAAGAGGACGUCCAUUCAUCAAAACUCUAUCGUACAAGUGCUCAUUCACUCAGGGGGCAGGGAGGCCGUCACCAAACUCUCAUCUGUCGGUGCCGACGGACUGCUCGUCGUGUGGAACCAGCACUCCCUACAGGCCAGCAUCGGGGGCAGCACAUUCAACAUGCUCGCGGAGACCAUCAAUCAAGUUAACAUUGCGUCUCAAGACUAGGCAACAUUGCUGCCUUUGGAUGAUCUUCGAAGGUUUGCCGGACUGUAGAAGAGAAACGAGGGAGAGCUUUGCAGUUUACGCCUCAUUGCUUUUACUCUCCACUUCUCAUCUACUCAUCACCGCUGGGUUUUCUCAACUCUUCUGCUCUUCUUCCACUCAAUGGUGUUUUAAGGUUUGCCGGACUGUGGAAGAGAAAACGUGGGAGAGCUUUGCGGUUUGCGCCUCAUCGCUUUUACACUCUACUGCUCAUCUUCUCAUCACGGCUCAUCCUCAUCACCGCCGGGUUUUCUCAACUCGUCUGCUCUUUUUCCACUCAAUGGUAUUUUAAGGUUUGCCGGACUGUGGAAGAGAAAACGUGGGAGAGCUUUAACAGUUUACGCUUCAUUGCUUUUACUCCCCACUUCUCAUAUACCCAGUAUUUAACCCAUUCUCUGUGCCGCAUAUAUGACGUUGAACAAAAGAGGGCGACAUAUCUUGCAUGCUGAGUCAACAAAGUCUUCUUACUAACAUAGCGGGUUGAGACUUAGGGAGUCCCACGAAAAUAACAGGAAGUUCCAUAAAAAAAUGAUGAUUUUCAAGCCACCAAAAUGCAAUGAAUAAAUCCUGGUGUCACCUAUGUAGAGGCUAUGAUAUUGUCAGGAGGGUUUAUAAAGCCUGAAUACAGUAGUAUAUGAUCUGAUAAGUAUGCUUGAUGUUACUUUUCUGUAUAAUUAUUUUCUUCAAGAUGAGGGAAGAAACCUGGGAUCCUCUCCUAUGAUCUUGCAUGAGAGCAUACAUGUGCUGAUGAUCAGGAGAGGGUGUCAUGGAAGGGCUUGUCAGACAAAAUAUCUGACAAAGACUUGAAUAUCUGGCAGAUUCCAUAGAGACGGUCAGACACCUGUGCUUCUCAGCCAAUCAAAAUCAAGGAAAUGCAGGAUGUGCUGCCCUCUUUUGUUGAAAUUCAGGCAGGUGGUAGGAAAAACUGACAGGAAGCAGCAUAGUCAUAAUGGUUCAUCUUACUAGGUGCUGCAUGGCUGAACAUGUAAUUGAAUAAUUAUUUAAUAGUUUGAUUUAUAUAAGUCUUCCAGUUGUGUUUUGCAUUAUUCUUUUUUCUUUCACUAUUUGAUUUUAAUGAUCAUGCUUGAAAAAAAGUUAGUAAUUUUGUCCAGGAUUGAAAAUCAAAAUCAUUGAUUCAUCCACUAAUUCAAUCACAAUUGCAAUCCUUUAGGUCAGACACGAAUGGCCAGAGUACUAUGAGCAGGUUAUUUAUGAAUAUAUAUAUAUAUAUACAAAUUCAUGAUAAGGGUACUACCAUACCACUAAGUAUUCUUCAGGCAGGCAUUGUAUCUAUGUAUCGCAUGCCACUGUGCUGAGCAACCUGAAAGAUCUAAAUGCUGGAUGUGCUUUAUAGGUAAGUUGUAUGUAAAUGUCAAUUAUUUAAUUACCUUAUUAUGAUAGAUAAUAAUUUCUAUUUUGUCUGAAAGUAUCAUUGAUUAUACAUAGAUUCUUGUCAAAAGCAAAUAUAAGGUAACUCAUCCCUUUACAGAAAUUAUGUAUUCAAUUUUAGUACACGGUAUGUAUUAAUAUUCACAAUAUGAUAAUUUUUUUGUGUAUUCACUUUAUAUGCAUGAUUAGACUGCAUUGAAAUGGUAUUGUAAGAGGAGGCAUGACAGCUCAUUCGGUAGAGAGGUGGUUUCGCAAUUUGGUGACCCAGGCUCCGAUUUCCACUUGGUGCAAUCGUGCCCUUUUUAAAUUUGGAAGGCAUUUAUCCUUAUUGCCCGGUCGUUGGAGAGGACCUUACAGGGAUGGUCCGGGCUGAAAGUAUUUAUAGCUUAACAA